AUGUACAUAUAUACAAUACGUUAUAAAUUUAUAUGCAUUUUAAUAUUUCUGAAAAAAAUUAAUGAAUGCAGGCAACACUGUUUAUUUCCCCUUAGCAGCUUGCCGAAAAGGUUUUAUCCCGCGUGAAUUUAUAAAUCGUCAAUAAAGAAAAAUUCUUACAUUGAAGAAAUUAACUUUUUACAAAAGUUUUCUAAAAUGCCCAAAACAAAGAAGAGAACCACUAGUUCAUCUAGCAGUGAUUCUGGACCCGAGGAUAGAAAUGUACCACCGGUGAAAAAAUCCAAAGCAAGUACUGAUAAGACUGGUAGCGGAUCCAGCGAUAAAGAUACUAAUAGCUCAGAAAAUCCAAGUGGUCCUUGGACAAUUGAAAAAUUGCGUCAGGUGCGUAUAAAUGAGUUUAAAGGCCGCAAAAUGGUGGACAUCCGUGAGUUUUACGAAAAAAAUGGUGAAAUUUUGCCUGGUAAAAAAGGAAUAUCCCUGCAUCCCCAUCAAUGGAAAAAAUUGUUGGAACUAGCUCCUGAGGUCAAUAAAGCUUUGGGCGAUUAAGUUAGUCAACCAAUCACUCACACUGAUCACCAGUAAAAUUGUAUUUAUUAAUUUUUAUAUGUAUGUGUAUAAAAUAAUAUAAUCGAAAUAAAAACCACCGUAUCUCAAUUACACUUUGAUAA